CUUUACUUGAUCUCCGUUACAGAUUCCAACGGCCACCAACACUACCAACAAUUUCUAGAACCUUUCAAACCUCUACUACUUCGAGUCUAUAAGUUGGCAGUACUCAUACCUAACCUAAACCUGACCUCAUCUGGCAACUAUGCCUCGUCGCUCCCGUCCGCGCCCGUACUUGUGGUAUUGUCGCAAUGGUCCUGGCGGUAAAAAAUCUCCUGACCAUCGCGAUUUCAGCGACUGCGAGGACUUCCAACUGUACAAACACACCAAAUACUUCGACAACGGACCUCUUCACUCAAAGUUUCGGCAUAGUUGUUUGAACACGGUCAAGUCAUACACGAAGCUCUGUCUUUCUCUUGUUCUCGGUUUACCUAUCUCCAACAUUACGACACCCGGAGUCGUCAUUCUCGCCCUCAUCGCUACCCCAGACGCAUGCUUCUCAAGCAUCGCCGGAAUCCAACUCUUCGUAAUCAGCCGAACCACCGGUAAUCACAAAGAGCCCAUUGACGCACAGCUUGAUGUCGAAAAGACAAGCAGUGUGUCUUCACAGUCUCACCAGUCUCCCGAUCAGCCCCCUCAGAUCAGGAGCAACGACACUCAACAUCAUGACGAGAGUCUGGUAGACCCUGAACCCGAAUACGUUGACUCUACCUGCACCGACACCAACGGCACUGCAGAUGCUUCCGCAGUCAAGGAUGACUACUGGAAAUGGGACGUUGACCGCCAGAGGUUCGUCCAUAUUGAUGAGAAAACUGGCAAAGAAACAGUAUGCCCGGAGUGGUUUGACUAGAGGGCUAAUGAGCUGGCUUGAUGCCACGGCCCAACUUCUGGGGGAGCUUUCUUGACGGUUAAGGGUUUGGAAUACAUGGAAGUAUUUCAUUCUGGAAUAUUGUCUGUGAUUGGGUCUCCUAUGGUUUCUCUGGCUUUCUGUUUCACAUUGCUCUUUCACCUAUAUGAAACUGGACUUUUCUUAUUUCCUUACCUACAGUACUCGACAAUUGACGCCGAGUGGACUGUUGGCUCUUGCCAGACCUUUUACGUAGGGGAAGGUCGGGCGGAGAGAAUAGCCUUGCCUUCAGUAUUUGACUGGGUCACGCUAGUUAUUUCCGCUUUUCAUCUUCAUUAACUUCGCUUUGUCUUUUCAUUACAUUUGCUAUUAGACAACAUUUUACUUCUUGGAGGGCUGGACACCACCUACCUACCUCACCUAGGCACCUUCAACAGCAACACAGCUAGGUAUUCUGGAAACAGUUGUACCACCCGUGCACUAGACCCAUGAUUAAUUAUCUCUUUGGAUUAAAUCUGUUCAGGUAAAAACUCAGCCCAGGCUUUCUUGAGAGCUUUCAAGGAAUUCCUCAUGAAGCCUUUGGAAUUUUCUGUUCUUCGGGUUAUCAUCAAAAAGGAGACCAGCGGUUUAUGGUGGAUCUUGAUGAUUUCAAUAAACGCCUUCAGCUACAAUCGCACGCUAUUGUAUUCAGAUAUUCGCUAGGGAUUCUUUGCAGUAUCAGGUAUAAUGUGUCUUUUUCUUCUUCUCCUUCAUAGAUAGCUUACUAACCUACGGUUUGGCUGAACUUUGUUCUGAUAUCCUAUGAAGCGUCCUGAGCUUACAAUAGACAGCAAAGAGUGAGCGUUAAUGUCAGUGACUAAGUGCUUCACUACCUUAUCUAGGCUCAACAGAUGCUAUUUGAUUA